AUGGUGUAUCUCCCACCCCCACACCUGACGACAGUGACACGAACAUCCUAUGGAGAGGCUUAUAACUCUAUCCUCAUGGCCCACCGACGGUCCCCGCUGACUUCAGCCUCCUCAGUCAUAAUGCUAGUCUCACCAGACGUUGAUGCUUUAUGUGCAGCUCGGAUGCUUGCAGACUUGUUCAAACAGGACGAUGUGGCCUACCGAACUAUUCCGGUUUCUGGCAUUUCGGAGCUUCAGACUGUCAGGAACGACCUAAUUUCAGUUGCAGAGCUGCAUGCACUCAUACUGUUGAAUAUGGGCGGCGUUCUCGACCUUCCUUCAGAGGAGUGGUUCGGUGGCUUCAACUCUCAAAUGACCGUACAUGUCAUCGAUUCCGCUCGCCCUCAGAAUUUGGCCAGUUUGUUUGGAACCGGAGAGAAAGGAGAUCGAAUAGUUGUCUGGGACGAUGGAGAGGCCGAAAAGCUUGCGGAAGAGCAUAAGGCACUUGAAGCUUUGAUGUUUGAACCGGAUCCAGAUUCAGAAGACGAUUCCAAUUACAAUUCAGACGAUGCACCAGAAGAUGACGAGGAUGAAGAAGAAGAGUACGAGAGCAGCAGCAGUGCAAAUGGGAAGCGGAGGUCAUUAGGAGAGGGCGAACGGCGAGGUAAACGGAGGCGGACGGACGGAGAGCGUCGAGUAACUCGGAUGUCACGCGAUGAACGCGAAACAUAUGAACAUCGGCUCAAUAAACACUACACAUCCGGUACCUGGCAUGGGCAGAGUGCGUCUGCGACAAUCUACCUUCUCGCCACGGUGCUGGAGCGAGUUGAUAAUGACCUACUCUGGUUCGCCAUCCUUGGAUUGACUUUCCAGUACACGACAGCGCGGAUAUCACGGAAAAAAUAUGAAGAGUUCCAUUCAAUAUACUACGACGAAGUUUUCCGUCUGAACCCCCCUCUUCCCAGUGGUGACAAAACCCAAAUCUCACUUAGUCCCGACGACUUCAGCGUCCGGACAACGGAUGAACUCAGAUUCAUGCUGUUCCGUCAUUGGACCCUCUAUGACGCGAUGUUUCACUCCAGUUAUAUAGCGAGCAAGCUUGGUAUAUGGCAAGAUAAGGGAAGGAAAAAGUUGACCGGUCUUCUGGCCAAGAUGGGGUUUUCGUUGCAGCAGACCCAGCAACAGUAUACCCACAUGGAUAUAGAUCUGAAGCGGGAUCUGGUGGACAGAUUAGACAAAGUUGCACCGGAAUAUGGUAUGGUGGAACUCUCGUACCCUUCAUUUAUGCGGUGUUUUGGUUAUCGGGGGCAGCCGCUAUCAGCAUCGGAUGCGGUCGAGGGGAUAAGUGCCUUGCUGGAUGUCAACACGGGUGUGGCAAUAGAAAUUGAAGUGGAGGGUGCUCGGAAUGGUGGUGAAUGGUUCGGAGGAGGGCGACCAUGGCAGGCGCCAGGUACUGGUCGGGAAAGUAAACGGCAACGGGACGAUGAAAGGGAGAAUAUUCCUCCAGGCAGUCAAGCUGCGGCCAAAGCGAUCAAGGUCAAGCCUAUUGAAGGCGAAGAUAAUCAGGAGGAUGUGGAGAAAGAGAAGUGGUGGGUGAAAAACUUUUGGACGGCUUACGAUGCUCUAACAGACAUUGGUCCCUUACAACAGUCCCUCAAGCUCUCGAUGUCUGUGCACAGAGCCAUCAUACGUACGGGGACAUCUGUCAUUGACAAGCGGGACAUUCGGUCGAAUAGAAAUCAUCAUGUCGUUGUCUUGACGCAAGGACCAGACCUUGCGAUGUUUUCCCACCCUGGCAUUCUAUCGCGGCUGGCAUUGUGGCUAGUCAGCGCUGUCCGGGAGGGCUCAAGCCACAGCAGACGAACAAAACGGAAGAGCCUUCCUUUCGUCGUUGCGUGUCUCAACGAGAGCACAUCGUCAUAUCUAGUCGUUGGCGUGACAGCCGCACUUGACUUCGACGAUGUUCGGAAAAAUGAGUUUUCGCUCUCCUUCCUAUUUGCAAAGGAACGAUGUAAUGCUCGGACACGUCAUGGGUCUUUUGACACUAGUGUGCUGGAGAUCAACAAGGACGACUUGAAGUUGUUCUUGGAGACACUAUGCGAAGAGCAAGACGGGUAA